UAUUACAAAGCACAUGCAAUAUAAUGAUAUUACUACACUUGAUAGUGUACUUCCAUAUACAAAUUACAAGUUAGAAGUAAAUAUAUUUGGUAAUAAAAUGGAUAUAAUUAAUGAUUAUAACAAAUCUUGGUCAACUGUCUGGAUGACAUUAUCAGGUGUACCAAAUCAAAUUCCAUUUGCGGAAGUAUAUAGCUUAUCAGAAACAAGUUUGUCACUGAGGCGGAGUCCACCUUAUCCACCAACUGGAAUUCUGGAUUCAUUUGUAAUAAAAUAUUAUUACACUUCAGAAGAACAUAGCGCGCCCCAAACUUAUAUUAAUUAUUUGAGUCCAUGUAAAAUAUGGACAAAUAUGUAUUGCACUACAUUAACUAAUCUUAUACCCAACAAAAAUUACAUAAUAUCAAUUGCUGGGCAAAAUCAGGGUAUAUCAGAAUAUGGAUUAGAAACAAUUUUAAACGAAACCACAUUGAUUGGAGUCCCGCAACCUCCAGUAAAUUUGGUUGCAAAUUGGAAUGAGUCUCGAUUUCUGGAGUUGCAAUGGCAACAUCCCAAUAAAACAAAUGGACCACUUUUAAAAUUUGAAAUCAUUGUGAAUGGACAUCAAUAUUAUCACGAAGUACCAGAAAAUAAGACAUAUACUAUUAAAACGCCAUUUAAGUGUACAUUUGAAACUCGUCAGACAACUGUUUCUAUACAAACAAUUAACUCAAAAUUUACUUCUGCUUUGCUUACUCAACAAUAUGUUUGUCCAAUUUUAAAACCAUCUCUCACUGAGCCCUUUCUAAGACAAAAUGACAACAAUUCCAUAACUAUUUCAAUGUCGAAUAUUCAAAAUGAUGAAGCAAUUAGCAAUUUGUACAUAAUUUUCCUUGCUGCAAAUAAAUUGGACGAUACCAGCGAUUGCAGAGAAAAAUUAGGGGAAAAUCAUAAGUCACUUGUUCCAAUUAAAGAGAAACAGAGAUGUUGGAUUGUUGGGCACUACCAGAAAAGUGAAUACAAAGACAUUGUCGGAACAGACGUAAAUAUAAACCUAUCUCAAAUACCAGGAUUUAACUGUACUGGAGAGCUUUGUGAAAUAGGCAUAUUGAUUGUCAAUGAGUUAGAUGACCAAAUAUCAUCUAAUUGGUAUCUGGUAAAACAAAGCAAAUUGGAACAUACCGAGUUUUCAAUCAUGUUCCAAUUUUUCUUUCUUUUAACAACAAUAAUAAUAAAUAUUAUUCUUAUACUCGUGUACUGGAGGAAUAUUCGUCCUAGAGAAGACACUAACACACCCUAUCUUCGACAUUCCAAUACACCAGAUGACCAACUACUUGCAAUGGAAGAAUUCAAUUCUAGUGAAGAUAAAAAUGAGAAAUGUUCCAGACUGGUAGCUGUACAUGAAUUUCACGAAUAUGUAAAAAGCGUGGCAAAUGGGUACGAGUUGACCACGGAGUUUAAUGAAAUCGUUGCAUUAACCCAGAAAAUCGAUAAAUUGCGUCAUGUAUAUUCAGCAGUAGAGUGUUUUGAUGCUACUUACAUAGCUAGUCCUUUUUAUGACAAGGCGUAUAUUUUCUGUUCAGCUCCCUACGGUUUCUGUCACACCUGUUUUGGAGAUGAUCAUAGAAGAAAUAGAAAACAUUGUGCUUUUUGCGAGAGCACAGACGAUAUAAAAAUGAAAAGCUUUCAAUAUUGGCUGAUCAUCGCUCAAUUGAAUCAAUUCUCCUCUCAAAUAUCAAAGUAA